AUGAGGGGUGACCAAAAGCCAUCACGACUGAUGCGAGAAGAAGAAAAGGAUGCUCGCAACGAAGUUCUUGCCACCAACAGGACCGACAAGGGUGCCACUAUGCCUGAUGUCAGGUUCAUGAAUCCGACUCGCAAGCGCAAGCGCGCCGAUAGCGCAAGUCCAUCAACACCGAGAGAAGGCCCCAAAAAGCGCCAGCAUGGUGAGAAGGUCGGUUGCUUCAAGGUCGGGAGAUACUCUGCCAUGUUCGAGCAGAAAGACCUCGACGAAUCUCACACCUUGCACCUGCUCGUGAACAGCAACGGCGAGCUCGACACCGAAGAUGAAGACGUUUGGAGGGCUCAGGAGGCAAAAACGCCGACCGCUUGCCUAAACACAGAUAGGUUCACCGAAGCAACUCUACACACAGCUUGGCUCUUUCUCCGCAAUGGCAAGCAACCUACCAUGGCGACCUACUCCAUUGAUCAGAAGUGGGAUGUCGGUGAGAGAUUCAGAGAACUCUCCAAGCUUUUCCCUGACAGGGGCCAGCUAUCCGCUGCGGCAACACUCUUCGACCUGGGUCUCGCGAUAAGAUGCCCUAAGCUUCAAAGAGCGGCGUACGACUGGUAUGCAGAAGUCCGUUUGAAUGCCUGGAGCCCGAAAUGCUUCGCAAACCCAUCCUUCUGUAGAUGGGUCGUCGAGAGAGCACCAGAGGAAAAGUACAGGGUGACACAGUAUUCGGCAUGGUUGAAGCUUCUCAAAGAAUACGAUCCCGAGAUGAUGAGGCUGAGAAAUGCCAUGACUGAAGCCACGGAGGAUGACUCUCCUGGUCUGGCUACAAAUCUCCAAGAGCUGGAGAUACUGGAGCCUGUGUGGCUCUACGACUAUCACCUGAGUGUCGAAGCUUCAGCAGACGUGGCCAAUCCCAGACUUCAAGAAGCCUCAAGUGGAGAAGAGACUUGUCUUCCAGAUACAGGAGAUGAGCAAUCAGACAACGAAGAAGAUUGA